AUGUGUAUGGUCAUAUUUGCUCCGAUCUUUGCCAUCUGUGCAUUUGCAACAUGUGGAGGGUACUCUGGUCACCUGCUGGUUAGAGUGGAAUGUCUGGACAAGAGCCAGAGCAACCUUAGCAUCACAGUAAACUUUGCCUAUCCCUUCAGGUUACAGCAGGUCCAUUUCCAGCCCACGCUGUGUGAGAGGAACAGACAGGAGAGCAUCUUCCUAGUCGGAGACUAUUCCUCCUCAGCUCAGUUUUUUGUGACCGUGGCUGUCUUUGCCUUCUUCUACUCCCUGAUGGCCACCGUAGUGUACAUCUACUACCAGAACAAGUAUCGCGAGGGUAACAGAGGACCGUUGGUGGACUUUGUAAUGACCGUGCUGUUCGCCUUCAUGUGGUUGGUGAGUUCCUGUGCUUGGGCCAAAUCUCUGUCUGAUGUAAAGUCAGCCACUGAUCCCACCCAGGUCCUCCUGCUAAUCUCUGCCUGCAGAUACCCGGCCAACCGGUGUUCAGCUUCCCACCACCCAGUCUGGUCUGAGCUCAACACGUCUGUGGUUUUUGGUUUUGUAAACUUUAUCCUCUGGACCGGCAACAUCUGGUUUGUCUUCAAAGAGACAGGCUGGUACAAGACUGGCCAGAGGUACCCAAUGAGAAGCGCCUCUGGGAGACGGGCCAAUGGGAUGAGCCAACGGCUCUACAGCCAAAGCAGUUUCGACCAAUCAGGGGACAGCUUCUAUCAACAUCCAUACAGGCAGUCUAGUUUUGAUCAAUCACGGGAGAGCUUUGGCCAGCAGCACUACAGCCAAGGUAGCUUCAACCAAUCAAUAGGGAGCUUCCGCUUGCCACAGACCCGUCUAGGACAGCCAAUCAUCAUUAGUCAGGGAGAUGUCACCUCUAAAGGGCUUAAUCCCAUUAUAUUUGUCAAUGAUAUUUAG